ACUGAACUGGAGAGCCAGCGGCGCAGCUGUGAGAUAUAUAACUGCCGUGCGUAAAGGCUGGCAUCUUCAGUUAGAGGACUUGGCAAAGAUGACCUUGGGUGUCAAUCAAGGCUGACAUCUCUGGGCUAAGAGGAACGGUGGCGCUUGGUCCAGGAUAAGACAACAUAUGAUGAUCGCUGACUGCAAUAGAUGAACAGACUUUAGGAGAUUUAAGUGAUCAUUUUUAGCAUUUGAGUGAGAGUCUAGAAUUCUGAAGUGGACUUCUUUCUGGAUUUUCUUUCCAUGUUGUCUUGGCGCUACCUGAAAAGAAUAAUUACCGCAAGUGUCUGAAUUUUAAAAAACAACACAACUUUUUGAAGCUUUGGAAACAGUUUAUUACUUGCUGAUAGCUUGUUUUGAAUCGAGCCUUUCUUUGCAGCCUGUGAUUAAAAGUUAGUUUCCUGCCGUCAGGAAAAGGUGUGGUGCCGUCUCAUGUGGACGCUACAGUAAUAAUAAUGGGUAAAGGAACAGAGGAUUUAGAAAGUGCGGAGGGGUGAAAGGACUCAUAUUUUGAAAAGCAGGAUGUAGAGGUCACAAUCAAAGGCUGAGUUAGUCCUGGUUUUUUGAAGGAGCUUCCACAUGCCCCAUUUGUUGCUCAACUGUGGCCUAGACUGUCUGUGAUUCCCUUGUCAGCUUUAAUUUUUUAAAAAGCAUUUAAAAUACCCUUAGGGUUGAGAAAAAUAAAUCUCCUCUCCGUCUUCAAAGCGCCGCUGAAAUUCUAGAGCAGGAAAGCAGGCAGGGCUGGUAAUUGCGGAGGGAAAGCUCUUCGUUUGCAAAGCAGAGGCACGGGGAGGGUGGGUCCGUUUCCCCCUCCCCAAAGCCUGCAAAUUUACCGUCUUCAUGACAGCAUUGCGUAUCACUCUGUCAACUCCCGGCCCUGGAUGGGGUUGCUAGGCAGCCGGCUCUUAUAUAGGCAAAGACUUUCUGAUUUGCUAGCCUUCCCGAGGCACAUGGUAAGGUCUGUCCUAGCCUAUCGUCUCGAGGGACUUUUGCAUGCCGUCUGCAUACUGCCGAGACCCAGCACCUGAAAUGUGAUGAAGGGAAAAGGCAUCGUUCCUCGGAGCCCUUUUGGGAAGCGAGGGAAGGGGCCGCCUCCUCCUGGUAUGUCGGGCUCAGCUCUGCAGGGAAGGCUGAGAGAAGCACGGAAAACAGCGAUGCGUCCAAACCCCGAGCCGCCGAGCGGAACAAGGGAAAGAGGUACUGUCUGAUGAGCGUGAAAGGGUGCUUCACAGAUUUUCACAUUGAUUUCGGGGGCACUUCUGUUUGGUAUCACGUUUUUCGAGGAGGGAAGAUCUUCUGGUUGAUCCCUCCCACUUCGCAGAACCUAGAACUCUAUGAAGAAUGGGUCCUCUCGGGGAAGCAAAGUGAUGUAUUUCUAGGAGACAGGGUGGAGCGAUGCCAAAGAAUUGAACUGAAACAAGGGCACACUUUCUUCAUUCCUUCAGGGUGGAUCCAUGCUGUCUAUACUCCGGUAGAUUCCCUGGUGUUUGGUGGAAACAUCCUGCACAGCUUUAACGUUCCCAUGCAGCUUCGCAUCUAUGAGAUUGAGGACAGAACAAAGGUGCAGGCCAAGUUCCGCUACCCUUUCUACUAUGAGAUGUGCUGGUAUGUUCUGGAGAGAUACGUGUUUUGCGUGACCCAGCGCUCCUACCUCAGCAAAGAGUUCCUGAGAGAAUCGAUGUUAAUUGAUGCAACAAGGAAACGCAGCUUAGAUAGCUUCUCGUCGGAUUCUUGGGUAGACAUGGAUGAAGAACCGUGUGAUGUUCGCGCUCAGGAGGAGAAGGACGAAAAUUUGGAUAAAACCCCUAAGCCCUCAGCUGAUGGUUCCUCCUCUCCCAACAGCACACAUUCGGAAGGGAAGGAGAUUUUGGGGAAGAAGCAGAAGUCCGCUGCCACCCGGUACCUCAAAAGAACUUUGUCCAAUGAGUCGGACGAAAGCGUAAAGUCGACUCCGGCAGAGUAUCCCAAAACGCCCACGGGGUCGCCAGCCACAGAAGUCUCAGCCAAAUGGACUCACCUGACAGAGUUUGAACUGAAAGGCUUGAAAGCCCUUGUUGAAAAACUUGAAUCCCUCCCAGAGAAUAAGAAAUGCAUCCCGGAAGGCAUAGAAGAUCCUCAGGCUUUGCUAGAGGAUAUGAAGAACAUCCUGAAAGAACAUGCGGACGACGAUCCGAAUCUUGCUAUUUCUGGGGUCCCUGUGGUAUCCUGGCCGAAGAAAAACACAAAGAAUCGAGCAGUCGGCAGGCCAAAGGGUAAGCUGGGCCCUACCUCUGCCGUGAAGCUCGCAGCGAACCGGACGACCGCAGGGGCGCGACGGAGGAGGACGCGAUGUCGCAAGUGCGAGGCCUGCUUGCGCACCGAAUGCGGCGAGUGUCACUUCUGCAAGGACAUGAAGAAGUUUGGCGGGCCGGGUCGAAUGAAGCAGUCUUGUAUUAUGAGACAGUGCAUUGCGCCGGUGCUGCCCCACACUGCUGUGUGCCUGGUGUGCGGAGAAGCUGGGAAGGAGGACACCGUGGAGGAAGAGGAGGGCAAAUUCAACCUCAUGCUUAUGGAGUGCUCCAUCUGCAACGAAAUCAUCCACCCCGGAUGCCUUAAGGUGCGGGAGUCGGACGGCGUGGUCAACGAUGAGCUGCCGAACUGUUGGGAGUGUCCCAAAUGCAACCAUGCCGGGAAAACGGGGAAAGCGUACAAGCAAAAGCGCGGACCCGGGUUCAAAUACGCGUCCAACCUCCCCGGCUCGCUCCUGAAAGAGCAGAAGGUAAACCGGGAAAACAAGGAGGUCAUCCCGGAGGCCGCCAAGCGCAAAGUGGAGUGUGAGGAGCCCCCCCGGAAGAAAUCGGAGGAGCACCCCAAAAAGCCCCCCCUGGACCCCCUACUGAGGAGGAAGUCCGAAGAUGUCCUCCUGCGUCGGAAAAGGAAAUUCGAGAAGCCUCAGGAGCCGACCAUGAGGAAGCGGCUAAAACUAGGCAAAGAAGAGAAGCUGUUUAGGAAAAAGAGGCGGUCAUGGAAGGCGCCGGACGACCGGACUGUGCUGGUGAAGCCUUUGCGGCACUUGAAGCGGGAGCCGGAGGAGGGCCUCUCAGAGGAGCCACCAAAGAGCAAGGAGAGCGACCAGUCCCGCUCGAGCUCCCCCAUGGCCGGGCCCAGCUCGGAAGGGGCCGAGUCCCGGAGCGACAAGAAGAAGUUCAAGAUCCGGCGGAGGAACCGCGUCCCGAAGGAGCUCAGCAAGGAGCUCAGCAAAGAGCUCAACCAGGAGAUCCAAAAGACUGAGAACAGCCUGGCCAACGAGAACCACCAGCCCAUUAAGUCGGAGCCGGAGAGCGAGAAUGAGGAGGCCAAGCACGCCCACUGUCCCGAGCGGCCCCACCGCUUCGGCAAGGACUUGAACGGGGCACUCCGGGAGCCCCGGCCCCAGCUCCUGCCGAGCCUGCGCAGCAGCACCCCCCGGGUGAUCAGCCGGCCUCCCCCCUCCUUGUCGCCACCCAAGUGCAUGCAGAUGGAGCGCCACGUCAUCCGGCCGCCCCCCAUCAGCCCCCCGCCGGACUCGCUUCCCCUGGAUGACGGGGCCGCCCACGUGAUGCAGCGGGAAGUGUGGAUGGCCGUCUUCAGCUACCUCAGCCAUAGCGAACUGUGUGUCUGCAUGAGGGUUUGCAGGACUUGGAACAGAUGGUGCUGUGAUAAAAGACUGUGGACCAAAAUAGACCUAAACCAUUGUAAAUCCAUCACCCCCCUUAUGCUCAGUGGUAUUAUUAGGAGGCAGCCAGUCAAGCUUGAUCUGAGCUGGACCAACAUAUCCAAAAAGCAGCUGAGCUGGCUCAUCAACAGGCUCCCAGGUCUGCGGGAUCUGGUCUUGUCAGGUUGCUCGUGGAUCGCCGUGUCUGCUCUUUGCAGUUCCAGUUGUCCUCUUCUCCGAACUCUGGAUGUCCAGUGGGUGGAAGGCUUAAAAGAUGCACAAAUGAGAGACCUCCUGUCUCCACCGACGGACAACAGGCCAGGCCAAAUUGACAACCGGAGCAAGCUGCGCAAUAUCGUGGAGCUGCGCCUGGCCGGCUUGGACAUCACGGACACGUCCCUGCGCUUGAUCAUCCGGCACAUGCCUCUGCUGGCCAGGCUGGACCUAAGCUACUGCAACCACAUGACGGAUCAGUCCGUGAACCUCCUGACGGCCGUGGGCACCACCACGCGGGAUUCUCUGAUGGAAGUCGUCUUGCAAGACUGCAACCAGGUGACCGGCCAGUGCCUCUCCUAUUUCAAGCGCUGCGGGAGCAUCUGCCGGAUCGACCUGCGGUACUGCAAACAAGUCACCAAGGAAGGCUGUGAACAGUUCAUAGCCGAGAUGUCGGUCAGCGUUCAGUUUAGCCUGGUGGAGGAGAAACUGCUGCAGAAACUGAGUUAGUAUUUUCAAAGGCCCGUUUGUAAAUAGUCAAAAAAGAAAGAAAAAAGGACUCCAGGAGGAUAAAGAGGGAAUUUUAUUUUUUGGUUGGAAUAUGCCGGCUAGCCCACAUGUCGAAAGGUGCAACAGCAGACGGGAGCCUGCAGGGUUCAAGCCACCUGCAGCUACCAUUUCAGCCUCUCGAGGAUUUAAAUGAUGGUUCCUGCCCAAGUUCCAAUGACAGCUAAGGAUUGUUUGUGCCUGGACCAAGCGGAGUGGUCACUCCUGUUUAAGGACCAUCACAGCCUGGGAGUGUGUAAACUUUACAAAAAUGUUGUGGCAGAUAUCAGAAGCAAUGUUGAUUUUGGUGUCCUUAAUGUGGGCCACAUCCUGCAUUUUUUUGCCUUUGGAACACAUUUUGUUACAUCCUACAUUAUGCAGAACUAUUUUUGUACAAAUUUGUUUAAAAAUUAUUUAUGCAAAGUUUUUGAAUGCAUUGAAAGUGUUUCUCUUUGGUUUCAAGCUGCCAAGUUUUACGGUUAGAAAGAAUUUAACCUGAACUUCACAGAGAAAUGGCCUGUCCAUCAGAGGUUGGCCUACUUUAUGGAAUAGGGCAUCCUUAAAUGAAAAAGCAUGUUUUAUUGGGAGUUUUAUAUCCUGCUUUGUACAGGCUGGGAGCACUCUUAAGCAUGUUGGGGAAAGACUGUGCAAUGUCCAGUCCAAGAAAGGAACGCAUUGCCAAGGUGUAUUUGUAAAAAUUCAUCUCUCGGUUCUGGAACUUCCAACUGGAGCUUUUGCACAGGGGAAGGCAUUUGAGGUCAGGAUGGGGGUAUUCAGAGAGGUAUAUAAAUGCACAUAUACCACAAGCAAGCAGUUUUGAUUUUCUGGUUUGGAAGUACCCGUUGAAUUCUUUUUUUCCCUGCCGUUCAAGAUGGGUAAUCCUUGGUUGUAAAAAUUCAGCCUACAUAAGUGCCAUUGUUGUCGAGUGGUGUUUUCCCCCCAUAGACCAGCCUUCCUGACGGUUUUACCUCUGUUGAAUUUGUAUAAAUGAUUGUAAAGAAA